UGACAACGUCGUUCGUGCUUUUUCGGACCAUGUAUAAGAAUGUGAGAGCUUGUUGUCAAUCGUUCUUUAGUGUUCCUUCACCGUGAAAAGUAGCUUCAAAGCACAGCUACGUGAAAUAGAUGCAACGAUCUAGGCCUUAUCUCCUGAAUUAAGAAUGGGAUGUGGCAGCUCAAAAAUCCGGGUGGUCAGCCCAGUGGAACGCAACGGAUUUGAGGACGCCUUCUGCAAGCCCGCCACGUUUUCCCGGGGCGACUCCGCGGUGUCGAAGCACACGACCGACAGCGGGCUGGGCCUGGAGGCCGGCGAGGGGGCGUCGCCCUCACGCGGGCCGUUGCCGCCUCUCGCGCCGCCGCUAGCGGUUCGCAGCUCGGAGAACGCAGAGAGGCAGAAUUCCAGCGACAUCCUGGAGCAGCUGCGGAAUCAGGGCAUCCUCCUGGCCCCGCCCACUUUGGGUGCGGCAGGUGAGGCCUACAGUGUGACGAUGGACAGCACAGACAAGGUUCUGCAGAAACCACCUGCACGUCUGCAGUCACUGAAGACUAGCAAGGAGCAAACAGUUGCCAGCAUGGAAACCAUUGAAGAAAAGAUGAAGAGCGUAGAGGAGAGACGCAAGGUCAAGGAGGCGGAGCUAAGGCAGCGGCUGAGGUCAGCUCGGCUCCGUGGCAACCCAAAGCUGAAGGAAGAGGAGGAGGAAGAGGAGGAGGAGGGCAGUUCUGACAGAGCCCCAGACCCCACCGCCCCAGGGCCUUGCAGGAGCCCCUCCCUGCAGCCUUCUGAUCCCCCCAACCCAGGCCUGGAGGAGACACAGCUAGAGACAGACCCCGAGGGGGAAGAGUUUUAGCCAAAUAUACUAUUCCAUGUGGCAGCCCUGUGCGUGUAUGUGUGUGUGUGAGUGUUUGUGUGACCAUGUGUGUGUAUGUGUGUGUGUGUGCGUAUGUGCCUGUGUGUGUGU